GCAUUUUGGGGGAAAUGAGUGGAUCAGAAAAUCCCCAUCGGAAGCCUUGAACUUCUGAAGUCCCCCGCCCAGACGCUCCGACUUCGCCCGCCCCGACUGGUCCGUGAAAACCUAGGGAUUUGGAGUUCUAAAGCCUUUCCUUUUGUUUUUCACGAUGGAUGGUUUGACCCCACAUCAGAACACCUGCCAGUGCCAAGGUCAAGCCACUUCUGCUUGGCACAAGGACAACUUGAAAAGACUGAAGACACCCUUGGAGAACCAGUGUCAUAGCCAUCGCCUACGAAUCGCCUACCAGGUCCUACCAGAAGUAUUAAUCCGUCGAAAUGUCUCAAGAAGGCACCGAUCGGAUCCUUCCAUUGUUUUAAAUAGGUCUGAAUCCCAAACAACCAUUGGCUUACUAUAUCCCUACAAGUCCAAAGACCCAGUAAAACCUGUUUUGUUUACCUCCUUAUAAGCAGUGUUUUUGCAUGACCAACUCCAGUAAAAUGAGCUCAUUGACUUGUAGGGUAUGUUUGACUAAGGAUUCAAGACCACCAAAACCACUUCAAUAAGGAACUCUUUGAGGCUAUAGGGUCCGGCGUUCGUUUGGCUUGGUGCGGCUCAGAGGGGUCGACAACAGCAGGAGAAGUGGAAUUUCUUGAGCUGCCAUGGUAGCCAAGCAAGCGCUAGUUCCUUCCUAUGCCAGAAUCCCGUGCUCCACAAGUGCUCCUGAGCCCCGUGGUUGUUUGCGGGGGUUAUACUUCAUUUUCUCUAAGGUACCAACUGAAACUCCAGGCAACUGAUUGUCCAAACUUCAAUUCCACCUUCGCUCUGUCCCUUAUUCUCUCCUUCGCUCGGCCGAGCUCGCGCUCGCGCGGUGAGGGGCUCUGCCGGCUCUGCCGCUCGUCAGCGGAGCGUCGAGAGGCUUUUGCAGGAAUCCAUCGUGGCCUCGAAUAGCGCCGAGAACCGGGCGCUGAAACGGAGGGUGCGACAACGCCUGCACAAGCGGCUCGGGGCAAUGCUGCCUCCAGAGGAGUUUGAAGAGGCGACCAAGCGAUUUCGAGAAUUGGAGCUCGCAACGGCCAGUCCUCCAGGUCAUGCUGAGUUUCCUGAGGAGGAGCUCUCCUUCUCCAGCGGCCCCUGGAUUGUGGCCAAUUCGCUGGUGGUCCCUCCUUGGGUCCAAGCUGUUCCAGUCCAAGGACCCUAUUUGGAGCAAACGUGGUGUGAAUCAAGUGACUAUUGGUGGUGGGAGUCAUAUGAACAAUACAGUCCCUGUGAAUUUCAACAGAUCGAGCAUGGCCGGCAUGAGAAGCUGCGGAGUUUGAAAGGUGAUCGCAGUGAGCCGAGCGUCGACGCGGGUGACAGUGCCCGCAGCACUGAAGCGGACAGCCAGGCCAGUGAGGAUCUCAGCUUGGCCCUGGAGAAUGUCAAACAGUUACCAGUGGCUCGAACCUUCUUGCACUUCGACACGCGCACCGACGUACCUCAUCGGCGCUCCAAGUCCGUCUGAAUAGAGACGGUCGACAGUCAGCACAGCAUCAGCUUUAGCAUCCUUUAGCCGUUUUGGAGGAUCUCCAGUCCACCCCCGUCGCGACAGCUUCGCUCCUGUCGUGGAGCUCGGCUGCUUGCGCUCCAGCAGAUGGUGGCCAUCGGGUCCCAAUGGCCAAGCAGAUUGGGGGGAGC